UUUCGAUGGUCUUUUAUAAGUGAGUUCUUAUGAUCUUUUUUCCCCAGACUUACAGUGACUUGUGAAAUAUCAAAUUAUAAAAAUUGGCCUUUUAUUCUCUUGACCGUGCUUCAUCUUGUAGAAAAACUGAUUAAUUACUCAAAAAUACGUAGAUUCAGGGAAAUGCGAACUAACCGUGUUUAGAAAAAUAGAGCCAUGAUAGUGUUGCUCAUCUACACCGCACUCCGAAAUGUAAUAUUGUCGCCAUAUGGAAGACAAAAUUAAACCAGUUUAUCAUACAGAGUAGGAUGUUUCUCAAUACUGCACGGAGGGGCCGGAAUAUUACGUCGAGCAUUUAUCAGUUUAAUAUAGAAAAUUUUUGAAUAUUCCCAUUGCAAAUUAUGUUGUGAAUAUUUGUUUAAGGACGAAAUAUCCCAUUAAGUAUUUCAACUUGGGAAAGUACUGUGAUGCAGUCAUCUUUCAUGGCAUGUUCUCUUAUCCAAUAACGUGCAUAUACCUGCUGGUUUCUUGGUACAUGCGUAUCAAUACUGUGGAACGAUUCUUGAUCUUUGUUGGGUGCUGGCAUAGUAGCUCUAUUUCUUUGCAAGAUAUAGCUAUGUUAAGUGUAGAUGCCUGGAUCGCGAUAUUUUUGGUGGAAGCGUAUGAUUUAUCUCUGGAUAGCGUUGUUAAUGGUGUUUGCAAAUGUUUUUACUAGACAGGAUUUCUUCGAAUGUUCAACCUGUAAGACUUUUUAAACCGGUCCAUGCACGACGGAUCAUAAGUCCUCUUCAGAGAAUCAAGCAUAGAAAAAAGACUGACUUCUUGUAUUCUCUAAUAUAAGAUAACCUCAUGAUGUGUCCGAAAUAUCUUUGGUCAAGCCGUAGGAGGGUUGCCAUUUCAGAAUAACUUAUUCAAUCAGGUGAAACCUUAAUCUUGACAUAUGUAAACGUCUUAUAUGUGCAUUGCAAGUUUUUCUGCAAAGCAUUUGCGAAACGACAGCUGUAUCAAGCAAUAUGCUGCAGAUGCGUAACUGCUGUUGGACAUUUCGUGGAUGUCACCGACAACCCAGUAUCUUUCUCAAACAGCUGGGAUCGUCUCAAAAGAAGUGAAUUGCUUGAGUGAAAAGGGCUACUAUUUAUCAGACUGAAACAAUACAAUAAUAACAGGCGAUAUAUCCGUUAGUCAAAAGUGCACUUAAAAUUCUGAAGAUCUAGAAUAAGAUGUGUGGUAAUUCAAUUUCAGCUGAAGUCAUCGGAUAAACCACUAAAAAAACUGAGCUAUUGAAUCGCCACUCUAAUAUGGAUUAUAGAGAGGCAAAACUUGUGGUCCAUUUAAAAGACAUAUACUGGUUUGACUAUGGUUCUUGGCCACUUGUACACAAAAUUAGAUAAUGUUUAUCCAGAAAAUCGGGUGAAUAACAACAACAAUAACAAGAGUUGAAGAUGAAAACAAAUGACGUUAGGAAAGCUAAAUUUAGUCUGUUUUACAGUGCGUUCGAAAUCAGUCAUAAAGUAGUUGCCUACGUGUAAUCUCGAAAAUAAGCAUUUUGCAGUUGGUUUGUAGUACAGCCAAAGUUGCAUUUAUUAAGUGCGUGAUUAUGUUGUAAUUAGAACUGGCUACUUAAUUUUAAGCUGCUUUGAGAAGUAAAAAUUUAAGUAAUAAGUAAGAUAAUAUUCAUAAUAUUCUGUAGAAAUCGCUUGCAUUUGCGCUUGUCUGUCUGUCUGUCUGUUUUCGACGUAGAACUUUGCACAAAUGUGCGGAAGUUCAAGUCGCCACACUCCGUGCAGCACGCGAAGCAAGAGAAGAAAGUACAAGGAAAGCAUAAUAGAAACAGUGAGCAGAGGUGUGGGACAAAAGAGUAACAAAGAAAAACAAAACAGUUUCAUUGGAAAUCAUAAGUCACAAGGAGUGGAUGCAUCUGCGCCACUGAGAACGAUUUUGAGCCAUGUCACCAAUUGUUUCCAACCAUAGAUUUUUACCGUCCUGAGGACCCCAGCCUGGAAGUCUACACCUUCCUACGUGGCUUAGACCAACUGUUGUGGAUUUCAUUGACUGGUGCAGCCAUGUUUUUGUUUGACCGCCGCUAGCUUUUUUCUAGCCUGACUCUAUAUCCGCUAACAUUGCUCGUCGAGGGAGGCGAUGGCUUGGCAUACGUAACACAUGUCCUAACCAUCUCAGUCUUUGUAACUUCACGACUUCGUCGAUUAAUUUCCCCUGUUUACCUAGCACUCGACGCCUAACUUCAAUGUUGCUCACCUUAUUAUGCCACUUUACACGGGAAAUAGAGCGCAGGUACCUAUGAUCAAAGACAGCUAGUCUUUUCAUGUCUUCCACUCUCAGUGGCCAGGUCUCACAACCAUAAAGGAGGACGGAGCGGACUGAUGAGCAGUACACCCACCCUUUGGUCGAUAGUCGAACAUCUCGUCUACGCCAGAGUCGGCGUAAACUGGCAAAUGCGAAACGAGCCCCCUGUAUUCUUGCUGAGAUUUCGUCAGAGAUCAACGCGUUGGGGCUGAUGGUACUUCCCAAAUAAGUGAAGCGGUCAACGUGCUCUACAACUUCACUUCCUAUUUUUAAACUAGGCGUCGAUGUAGUCCAGUCCUGUAACAUCAUCUUGCAUUUGGCGGGAGCGAAUCGCAUGUCAAACAUUCGUAGAUUGCGGCUCAAGGUGUUCAGAAGACUCUGCAUUUCGUCAGCGUCUUCGCCUAGAAGGACUAUAUCGUCUGCAUAUUCCAAGUCAACGAGAUUAUUCCCUGUGCAUUUGCACUUGGCAGUGAUCUACAUGUAUUGUAUGAGGACUAUUAAUAAGCAUUAUUAUAAGCAUCGGUGGCCACUAUUCUAUGGCGAACAUUAAGUGGUGAGUGCAUAUACAAAUCUCAUUGGACGUAUCAUAUAGUCAUAAAGUCAUGUAGCAUCCUUGGGAAGAAUGUCGACAUGAAGGCAACAUGAUGCUCGUCGACCAUAUGCAAUGCUGAGUAUCAGCUGUGAGGUAGCAUCUCUUGAAUAUGUUUUACGGUGAUCAUUUGGCAUGUAAACGAUUCUCAUGGCUGGGAUAUUGAGAUACCUGAUUUGCUGUUAUAUCAUGUCACGAUACAUUUGUUCCAAAGGGACUUUGGAUACUCAUUCAGUGUGCUGUACCUGAAUCUGACCUUAUACAACCUACGCCUUCAGUAGUUUAAGCAAUCGACUUUCCGUCAGUGGGUGUUGAGUUCGAAUCUCCACUUAUCAACUUUAGCCCACACAAAUGAUAUUCUCAGCUUUCAAACAAUAAGUAUGACUCGUAGCCUGGAGAAGCUGUCAAUGUUAAAUGAGUUCUUAAAAGAAAAUAGAAAUACAUGCUACGUUAUCUGGAUUAAGACUGAACUAGAGUUUGUUGUUUUUCAGGUAAGAAUGUCUUCGAGAUUAUCUUGCAGUAAUUGACUGUAACGGUUGAUAGUAGAAGCUGAAAUGUAAAUGAGUCACAGCAGGAGUCGUACUAGCAUACUCUGCAUGACAACAUUCAGGUUACUUCACUCGAGAUUAUUUAACCUUCAACUGAAAUUCUUCAGUAAUUUAUAGUAUCCACUAAUCAAAUAGUUCCUGGAUAAAUUGGAGUUUGUGCUAGCACCUAGAAGUCAUCCUAAAGUCAUUUUAUUUGAAGUAUUAUAUUCACUAGUUGUAGGACAGAUAACUAUUACUUGCUUUUAUUUGGCAAAAGUAAUAUUACAGCAAACCAACAUAUGUCUGACUGUGAAGGGAGUACCAAGUAAAUUAUACUAACAAGGCGCUCUCGUGUAACCGUGUAAAAUCUUAUUGAGAUUUUUCAUCUAGAACGAUUGUAUGACUUCGAAUACAUAAGGAUUUACUUCUUACCAAUUAAUUUUUCAAGUUAAUAUAGAAUACGCGAAUUGUGCUUCUUUUACGUGAAAAGUCUGACGAAAUGUAGUCUUCAAACGGAUUGAGCUAUAUAUACGUGUUUACCAGUCGAUUGGUUCCUGUUAAAUGCAGGAUAAUAUUGCAUGACUAGUCUGCGCAGACUCCUAGUUUAGGGAUAGCGUGACUGGUUAAAUAUGCUGACCAUUUCACUUAUUUAGAGAAGUUUCAUCAGUUGUAAAGGAGAGAAAAAGUUCACCAAUCACGGUUUAAUUAUUGUUUCCUGUGCAUGUUAAUUUACUGGAGUUUCACUGCAUUUUUUCUACUUCUAUGUAUGUAAAUGUGAUAACCUGUACUUUAUGCAAAGUUCUACGCGGAUAAUUCAGUUAGUCGGUUAGCAGACAUGCUUAUUGGCUUUCUGUUCCAAGAUAUAUAGUCAAUCAAUAACCUGGAUUUACUGAGUGGCUUUUCAAGUUGCUGCACCACACAUCCCACCCAGUGGGUGACAAAAGGUUAUAAGAAAAGGACGUAAACAACGAAGCAGUGAUGUCUCACAAAAACACGGAUUUUGUCAUAGCAAAAUUUGAUUAUAAAGCAUCAGAUGGUCACGAACUCGGUAUUCAAAAAGGUGAAAGAUUAACGCUCAUUGACGACAGUCAGCAUUGGUGGAAAGUGAUGAAUUCUUUCGGAAAUACAGGCUAUGUGCCCAGUAAUUAUGUUAAGCGCUCAAAGCAGGGUAUAUUUUCAAGUUUACGAAAUACUUUGGGACGUCGAAAAAGUCGACAAGAAGGCACGACGAGUACCAGACAGUCAAACCCUUCUUCACCCACGCCAGAUGGAAGCAAUGGUUUCGCAGCCUUCGAUUUAAGACAUGAGAGUGCUGAGUCUCUUGGUGCAAAAGCUCGCGAAACAUCUGGAUCUACAAGUAUGCUAAGCCCACCUAGCCAAGCUUUUGCAGAUAUGCGACUUCAUGAUGGAAUGCCUAAUACAUUUCCCACUUCUUUACAUAGUCAAACAUCUACCCAACUUGGUGAAAGGUUUCAAGAUGCAAACAAAACAGUUGAUAAUGAAUCACUCAGUUGGCUCUCAAAAUCUGACGCUAAACAAGUGUAUCCUCAGCAUUCCACUGGGAAUAUUUCUAUACCUAAUUAUCAAAAUGGACAUGGUACUUUAAAUACAUCCUUAACACCAUUUCAACAAAGUAGUAUGAUAACAGGAAAUUUAGAUAAUGCAUCUUAUUUCGGUACUGGAACUGGUUUGGGUCGUCAAAUUUGUCAGGCACGUUUCAAUUAUCCAGCUUGUCAACCAGAUGAAUUAUCAAUUGAAAGGGGUGAUAAAAUACGUGUUUUAGAAAAAAGUUCGGAUGGUUGGUGGCGUGGAAUUUUGAUUACUGAAGGUAAACCACAACGAAUGGGAUGGUUCCCAUCAAACUAUGUAACAUUAGAUUUAUCGAAAAAUUUGAAUAGAUCUGGGAGUAGCUCACAACCGAGUAUUUUGAAUUCAAGUUCACUUAGUCGGGAUACUGGAAAUAAUUUAUCUUCAACAAAUGUUCCAAGUGCACAAGCUCAAUUACAGGCUCAGUAUUUAGCUCAUCAUUAUUAUGAACAACAACAACAACAACAACAACAACCACAAAAUCAACAUCAUCACAAACAGCACUCCAUGAAUAUCAUUUCUAAUACAGAAAACCACCAGCCACAACAACAGCAAUCGUCACAGUCGUUGUUGCUUAGUAGUGGUAAUAUUAAUAAUGAUGUUACUAAUCAACCAUUUCAUAGAGGUCAACAACUACAGCAGCAGCAACAACAACAACAACAUCAACGUGAAACUGUUCUUACUCUCUAUCCAUUUGUACGUAAUCAAGUAGAGGAAUUAUCAUUUAGUGCAAAUGAAAUUUUAGAAGUCCUGGAUAAACCUCCCGAUGAUCCAGAUUGGUGGCGUUGUCGUAAUAAUCGUGGUGAAAUUGGUCUAGUCCCCCAGAAUUAUGUACGUGUGCUAACAACGCCAUCGUUGGCUAUUGCUACUGGUGGAUCGAAGAAGCUAUUUAGUUCAGAUCAUAAAGCCUUAUCAUCAUCACCCUGUCAAACUGAUGUGAAUUUUAAUCAUUCUUCCUUACGAAAUGAUCAAUUAUUGCCAACCGCGAAUUCAAAUUAUCCAUAUACAAGUAAAUUACAGUGCACAGAUGGAGAAGCAUUGAGAUUAAGUUAUGCUACACAGUCGAGUACAGGUCGUUUACACGCAGAUCGCCCAUGGUGUUGGGGUAUUAUUUCACGUGCUGAUUGUGAAGAAAUGCUGGGAAAAUAUUCUCUCCCAGGGGAAUUUAUCGUUCGAGAUAGUGAAUCUCAUCCGGGUGAUUUGACUGUAACUAUAAAUGCUGGUAAUAAGGCGAGAAACUUCAAAGUACACGUUGAAAAAGGUCAAUAUCAUAUUGGUCAGAAAGUAUUCGCCUGCAUUGAUGAUCUUAUUGAACAUUAUCGUACACAUCCAAUAUUUAAAAAUGAUCAAGAACAACAUUAUCUUACACGUCCGUUUGUUCAUCCAGGCAGUACUACUUCAUCUUCUAAUACUGCUGCUGGUGGUGUUGGUGCUACUGCCUCCUCUAUGAAUACUACUCCGACAAAAAGUAACGCUGUAGCAUCAACUUGUUUCUCUCCAAUUGGUGUUGGUAGCAGCAGUAGUAAUAAUAGUACUAGUGCUGGAACGUAUAAUCAGUCUAUUUCAGCUACACACAGUCGAUUUUCUUAA